CUCCAAUUCUCCAGAGUGGGAUGCUAACCCUGGAACCACUCAGAGAUCAGCUAGGGAGCUGAAGGAAGUCCGAGAGGCACUUCCGGUCCAAGAGUCUGUACAACUUUAUUGCCUUUCUUGGACCACAGGCUUCCCACUUGAGCCAUUAGAGGUGAAGGCUGAGACUCCUCAAGGUAAAAAGACUCCCCUCCCAGGAAAUGGACUCCUCCAAUGUCCCAGGAAAGUGCCUCCUCCUCAGGCACUUUCACUUUUCCAUAUAUAGGAGUCACCUGGGAGCAAGCUGUGAGCAGCCGAAGGGAGUGACACAUCUGUAUUCCAUCUGCUCUCUCUCUCUCGUUGUCCAUCUUUACCCUGUUCUUACAUGCUCAUAGGCACUUAGGUAGAAGUCAUUCCCGUGAGUCUGCCAAAGACCAGCCUGUUGGGUUUGUAGGGAGAGGAAAAAGAGAGAGAGAGAGGCAAAGUUUUAGCAUUGAAGUUGUCGCCUUGGAGAAGGGAAGUCGAAAAAGUGCCACAAUGAAUGGACCUGUGGAUGGCUUGUGUGACCAUCCUCUAAGUGAAGAAGGAGCCUUCAUGUUCACAUCAGAAUCUGUUGGAGAGGGGCAUCCAGAUAAGAUCUGUGACCAGAUUAGUGAUGCAGUGCUGGAUGCCCACCUCAAGCAAGACCCAAAUGCCAAGGUGGCCUGUGAGACAGUGUGCAAGACGGGAAUGGUGCUGCUAUGUGGGGAGAUCACCUCUGUGGCCAUGGUGGACUACCAGCGGGUGGUGAGAGACACCAUCAAGCACAUAGGCUAUGAUGACUCUGCCAAGGGCUUCGACUUCAAGACCUGCAAUGUGCUAGUGGCUCUGGAGCAGCAGUCCCCAGAUAUUGCCCAAUGUGUCCAUCUAGACAGAAAUGAGGAGGAUGUCGGCGCAGGAGAUCAGGGCCUGAUGUUCGGCUAUGCCACUGAUGAGACAGAAGAAUGCAUGCCCCUUACCAUUAUUCUCGCUCACAAACUCAAUGCCCGGAUGGCAGAACUGAGGCGCUCUAAUGUCCUUCCCUGGCUGAGACCUGAUUCUAAAACUCAGGUAACAGUUCAGUAUGUGCAGGAUAACGGUGCGGUCAUCCCUGUGCGCAUCCACACCAUUGUCAUCUCUGUGCAACACAAUGAAGACAUAACACUGGAGGCCAUGCGAGAGGCCCUGAAGGAGCAGGUGAUCAAAGCGGUGGUUCCUGCCAAGUACCUGGAUGAAGAUACCAUCUACCACCUGCAGCCAAGUGGGCGGUUUGUCAUCGGAGGUCCCCAGGGGGAUGCAGGUGUCACAGGCCGCAAGAUUAUUGUGGAUACAUAUGGAGGCUGGGGUGCUCAUGGUGGUGGUGCCUUCUCUGGAAAGGACUACACCAAGGUGGACCGCUCAGCAGCUUAUGCUGCCCGCUGGGUGGCCAAAUCCCUGGUAAAGGCUGGGCUCUGCCGGCGAGUACUCGUUCAGGUGUCCUAUGCCAUUGGUGUGGCAGAACCACUGUCCAUUUCCAUCUUCACCUAUGGGACCUCCAAGAAGUCGGAGCGGGAACUGCUAGAGGUGGUGAACAGGAACUUUGACCUCCGGCCAGGUGUUAUUGUCAGGGACUUGGACCUGAAAAAGCCCAUUUACCAGAAGACUGCAUGCUACGGCCAUUUUGGGAGAAACGAGUUUCCCUGGGAGGUCCCCAAGAAGCUUGUGUUUUAGAGCUGGUGGGGGGUUUGUUUUUGUCCCACUCAACUUUCUUUCAGGAUCUCAACUCUGUGGUCUCCUAUCCUCUCCCAGCGUGGCCUCCCUGAUCCUAUUCUUGGUAAAGCCAGCUUCUAAUUUUCCCCUAUCCAGCAAUCUGCAAACAUCUUAUGAAUGAUACAGGUUAUCUGCUUUCCUUGCAAUAAUAGUCAGUGUUCCCUACCUGUCCCUCAGAUUUUAGCAUUGCUGAUUUUGUGAAAAAGUCACCCGUGUCAAGCAUAAAGUCUCUCCCUUACCUCAUCCCAUAGUCUGAACAUGAGUAGGCCGUCUCUUCCUCCAUCCACAAACCUCUAGCUUCCCCUUCAUACUUGUAGCCAGAGAUCCCAAGACAGGACUUUCUCAAGGAUCCUCUGAAACUUGGCAUCUACCCCAUAUAAUAUGGUCAAUAUCCUCUUUGCAUUUGCACUGUGUGAGAGACUGAGCUGUGUGUUUUUCAUCACAACACAAUAAGGUGGCAUCUUUACUAUCCACAUUAACAGGUGUGGAAACUGAGGCACAGAGAGAGAGAGUCUAUAAAGCUCUCAUAGGUUUCCAUAGCCUCAUGUAUCAGAGCCAAGAGAUGGAUCUAGGAGUUUUGACUCUAUAACCCUCACAUCUGUAUCCCAAACAAGAUGUUGACCAGUGUGAUGACCAAGUGGAUUGAUUCAAGGCUGUCACCUCUUAUUUAAGGCCUGGGCUUCCUGGGAAUUAGGACAUGGACCUAGUGGCUCUUGGCAGGCCCUGGACAAUGCUCUACAAAGUCAGGAUGGAAACAAAUGUGUCUCAUUUGUUCUGGAAGGUGUUUCAAGGCAAGUGGGGUAUCUUGGCCUAUCAAGCUGGGCUGGAGUCUAGAACCAAGAGGCUUCCGAGUCCUAGCCUCCAUAACUCAAAGGCAGGUGUGUAAGUUCUAUAGUCAUGGGGUCUAAUCAUAGACAGCCCCAUGUAUCCCCUACUUACAGGAGAGGCUUGUUCCAGCACAGGCAACUAGCCUCUGAAUGGGGACCCUGCACCCUGAAAAGCUUUCUCCUUCCCUGGACCCUCAUAGUUAUGCAGUCUUAUUGCUGCUGAUCUAGGUGCAGAGCCAGCCUCUCAGAAAUGGAAAAGUUGCCCAAGACCUCACAAGAACUGGCUUUUAUCAGUUUGCAGAGCAAUCUUUCCACCAGGGUCCUGAGAACCCCAUGUUCCCAUCAUGUCCCAUCAUGUCCCAUCAUGAUUGGCACCAUCUACCCAACCUGUCCCUAGUUGGAACCUCCUCACAUUAUACUGCCUUCCCAGCUUCCAAGGAUACUGGUUCAGGAAGGGAUGUGUCUUAUAGCCAUGGCUCUGGCUAGGAGAAGGGCUGGGCAGCACCAUCAAGGGGUAGACACCUUGCGUCUGUGUCUUGACUGGACCACAAAGACCCCAGAUUUUUCUUUUCUACCAGGGUGAGAAAAAUAGCAGAGGGCAAAUUCCUAAUGACAAACAAAUCCUGGAGCUGUGUGUGAGAUAGAAACUUGGGUCUCUCCAUAGGGUUCCAGCUACAUGGGAGCCAGGUUCCUCACAGCACAGGGAAGGAGGGUGUACAGAUGGCUGAGUUCCUGUCACUUAAACUAUAUAUAAGUAAAAAUUCAGAAUUCUAUACUUUUCCUAACCAUAAGAGCAAUGAGACUCUUUUCCCCCCCUCAAUAUUUCAUACAAAACAAAGCCAUUAUUUGUUGAUAUUACCUGGUAGUAUGGUGAACAAACACUUAAGGAGCAAUAACUCUGUACUUAGAGUUUAUGGUGUGUGUUUGUGUGCACAUGUCAAAGGGAGGACACUGGGAUACUGGGUAUCCUACACCAUCACAUUCUGCCUAUUCCCUUGAGACAGAAUCUCUCACUGAACCUGGAGCUAGGCUGCUGGCCAGCAAGCCCUAGUGAUGCUCUUGUCUUCAUCCCUUACCACCACUGUGCUGGAGUUUCAGGUGUGCACACAGACACAGCUUUUUAGAUGCGUGCUAAGGAUUUGAACCUAGGUCGUAAUGCUUGUACAGCAUGUGCUCUUAUCCAUUAAAUGAUCUCUACAGCCCCACUA